AUGGGUGGUAUGAUGAGCAGCACUUGAUCGUCUCUCUCUGUAACUGAAAUGUCUAAGCAUAUUCGUAUAAGAGCAUCUGGAGGAGGGAAUACAGUGUCUGAGCUUGGACAAUUUUCCCCCAUAUUUGUUUGGCUAUUAAGGGAUUUCUACUUAGACUUGGUGGAGGAUAAUGCAAAACUGACACCCCAUGAUUAUCUAGAAUUGGCAUUGAGGCCAGUUCCAGGUGGUGGAAAAGACAUAGUAGCCAAAAAUAAGAUACGUGAAUCUAUUCAAGCUCUUUUUCCUGAUCGAGAGUGUUUCACCCUUGUCCGCCCUCUAAACAGCGAAACUGAGCUGCAACAUUUGGAUCAAAUUCCGUUGGAAAAAUUGAGGCCAGAAUUUCGGUCUGGGCUUGACGCCUUUACAAAAUUUGUUUUUGAGAGAAGCAAACCCAAACAAGUAGAUAGUACAAUUAUGACAGGACCGAUCCUUGCUGGUAUCACAAAAUUGUUUCUGGAUGCUCUUAAUAGUGAUGCUGUGCCUACAAUAUCAUCCUCCUGGCAGGUGGGUGACUGUCCUAGAUUUGCAGGUCUCUUCUCAUUCUGCUGUAUCUUUCUUUUUCUUUGGCGUCUUAUAUAAAUAGCCUAGACCCAUGCUCUUCCAGUCGCCCUUUGCCAAGUAAAUUGCAUGCACUCAUCAUUGUAGUUAUUUUUGAAGAGUGGCUGAUCACAUAGUCUCUAACUUAGUCAUUAUGAAUAAAUUCCCUGUUUGAUGUAUUUUUAGCUGUACAUGUUGAUUUAGUUAUUUCCUCUUCUGCUUAUUUGUUUCUCGUAGUCCCCAAUGCUGUAGCUUGAAGAAUAGUGAAUCUAUUGUUUAACGGGUUUUUAUUAGUCAUUGAUUGAAUCUUGAAGUAAUCUUAGGAGUAGAGGACAAGGUUUUGAUUGUUCUUAGCUAAGUAGAGAUCUGGUAAACUGGGUUAGAACCCAGGAUUUGGACUUCAUCCGGUCAAAUUGGGAAAAUAUGACCUCUGAGGCAAGCCUCAGAUUGAGUAUAGCAUUUGUUAAUGUUAAUAGAUGGUUCAUAACUUAAAAUUAGAAGCUAAUCAUUAUUGGUUUACUGACUUUCUUCUUUAGUGAUUCAAACAACCUUACUUUUUUAUGCUAUUAUUGUUUUCUCAUUCAAUUAAUACUAUGUUUAAGUUGAGUAAGAUGUGGGGAAAAGAAAGGAACAUAGAGGAAAGAAAUCAUCCUUUCUUUGUUUGGUUAAAAAAUAAGAAUUGAUAAGGUAAAGAAAUAUAGUUAACAUUUCACCCUUGUCCUUAAAGUAAUUGGUUUUUAAAGUUCGCAACAACUUCCCAUAUUGCGAGAGAAAGGGAGGAAAGGAAAGAAUUUAAAUAGUUUUCGUUUAUAAAUCAUCAAUUUUAUCCUCACAUAUCUACUUGCUUUUUUUUCAAACAAAAAUGUUAUAUCCCAAUAAUCAGCAAAGGAAAAAGAAGAAAGCAGAAGAAUGAAAGAAGUGGCAAUGCAGGUACGAGCCCCAUACAGGAGAAAGGAAAUCUGGGCUGAUCUCCUUUUGUGUUUUUUGUUUAAGUUCAAUUAGGAAAAAGAGGAUAUUUAGCAUAGGAGUUUUUUGUUUCAGUUCGGUUGGGUGCAUAUAUAAUCUCAUUUCUACAGUUUUAGUCAGGAGAAUGUCCAAGGUGUUGGAAAAAGUAAUCAGGGAAUGUCAACAUGCUUUCGUGGAGGAUAGACAAAUAUUGGAUGUUGUUCUGGUGACAAAUGAAGUAGCGGACGAUUUCUUAUACAAAAAGCGGGAGUGGGUUCUUUUGCAAGCUACAUAUGGAGAAUGUUUAUGAUAUGUAAAUUGAGACUUUGUGGAUUUUAUGCUGAAAAGAAUGAGGUUUGGAACAAGUGGAGGAAAUGGAUUAAGUUCUACAUUACCAUCACAUCAUUUGCAGUUAUGGUGAACGAGGGUCCACUAUCUUUCUUCUAAGCAUCAAGAUGGCUGAGACAAGGUGAUCCACUCUCACCUCUACUGUUCGUUGUGAUGAAAGCUCCAAAUAGGUUGUUGUAAAAGCAAGGGAGUUGGAGCUAUUUAGAGGAGUGAAAGUUGGGGGAAACGACCAUGUGGAGAGAUAACUCACCAAUUCUUCUCUGAUGACAAUUCAGUUUCUGUGAAGUGGAUGAGAAGGCAAUGCUCAACCUCAUAUGUGUUAUGAUGUGCUUCCAAGCAGUGUCGGGGCUUAAUAUCAACUUGAUCAAGUCAGAGAUUGUCAUACUGGGUGACAGAAGAGAUGAAACAAGAUUGGCAAGUGAGUUGGAUUGCAAAAUGGUAUAAUUACCUAUUAAAUUUGUGGGGCUGCCAUUAGGAUUAAAUUAUAAAGAUGAGAUGACCUGUGAUUCAAUAAUUAAAAAGUUUGAAUGAAGAUUAGUGGGAUGAAAGAGGAGUUUUUAUUUAAGGGUGGAAGGCUGACUCUUAUUAGGAGCACAUUGGUUAACCUACCUAUAUACUACAUAUUUCUUAUGACAAUCCCAAUUAAAGUGGCUAAGAAAUUAGAGUCCAUUCAAUGUGGGUUCCUCUGGGGAGAUUUGGAGGAUAGGAAGUACAUUUGGUGAAGUGGGGAGAGAUAAAAAGCCAAUGCCACAGAGGUCUGGGGUUGAGAUCCUUUGUAGAGGUGAAUUUUGCUCUAUAAGGGAAAUGAUUAUGGAGAUUCAUGAAGGAGAACAGCAUGCUGUGGUGAAGAGUGAUUGAGGUUAAAUUUGGGACUAUGGAUAGUGGAUGGUUUACAAGAGUGACGAAUAAACUACAUGGUGUGGGGUUGUGGAGGAGAAUCAGCAUGGGUAGUCAAAGAUUUCAGGAAUGCAUUAGUUGGGGAAGAAAGAGGGAACAACAUUAUGUUCUGCUCGGAUGCUUGGGUGGGAGAGGGAACUCUUAAAGAUCAAUUCCCGCAAAUUUAUAUGAUAGCGUGGUGUAAGAAUAUCACUGUUGAGGAGGCAAGCAGAGUUGUUUGAGGCAUUAGGGAGUGGGAUGUGAAUGUGACAAGAAAUCUUAAUAACUAAGAAGUCAAUGAAUAUGAGGCACCCCUUAAUUUACCUUCGCUCAUCAACCUUAACGAAUACAAUAAUCAACUUAUAUGGGAACUUAAGGAUAAAGGAGAUUUCACAGGAAAUCCUACUACAAUCACUUGGCAAGAAAUGGAGCUACAGAACAAACGUUUCCAUUUAAGCAGAUGUUAAGGAUGAAUGCUCUUCCAAGAAUUUUUUUUUUUUUUUUUUUUUUUGCAUGGGAGACGAAAUGAGAGUGCAUAUUGACCAUUGACAAACUUAUGAGAAGAGUAAGAAUUUUGGUGAAUGGAUGCUAUCUAUGUUAGAGAGAAAUGGAAUCUUGUAAUCAUAUUCCAUUUGGUGUCCUGUUGUGUAUAAGUUAAUAGAAUAUGGUUUACGGGUAAUUGGGGAUUAGCUUAGUCAUUGCUGGUUUGGUUAGAGAUGGGAUUUGAGUUUGAGAGGAAUUUGAUAAGGGGAGGAAAAUUGUGGAUCUCAUUCCUUCUAUUAUUUUUUAGGUGGUUUGGAAAGAGAGAAACAAUAGAGCUUUUGAGGGGGUGGACGAAGUUUUUGGUAGAAUUAAGGACAGAUGACUCAAGUAUUUGGGAUCAUUGGUUAUAGGACCCUAUUCAUUCGUUAGAGGAUUUUAGGAAUUUUAUGAACAUACUAACUUUUUAAAUAAUUUUAUACAUGGGUGGUUCGUCAUUGGUGCUUGUUAAGUAAUGAUCAUAAUAUACUUUUUAGUUGAAAAAAGGAGUUUGGGAAUAGGUAGAUACGGACUGUUUUAUAUUAAGCAGCAAACUGAAUCAACUAAGGAUUCUUCAAAUUAGGAAUUGGGUAUUCAUAGUAUGUGGUAUCAGUAGGAGUAAAUGAAAUUUUUUUUCACUAUCUUCUUCAAAAUGAUGGGAUGAAAAAAAAAUUCCCAUCUUCUUUAUUAGAUUACCCUAAAUAUGUAAAUAUUCAUGAAUAAGAUCAGUCAAAGAAUAAUUAAAUAAAAAACAGAUUGUAGUGUAUCUUAAUUUUAGAGAUUGUUAGGUUCUCUUAUACGAGCCCUGAACCAUAAGUUCCACAUAUCUCAACCCGUAACCU